UGGUUUCGCCGCUCAGCGCGUCCGUUCGCGGUCGGUGUGUUUGUAUUGACUGAACGUUAAUCUCAAAUUACGGUAAACUAACAAUGUCUGUGGCUUUCGCUCCGCACCGGCAGCGCGCCAAGGGCGAUAUAACGCCUGCGGGGAUCCAAAAGUUACUGGAUGAAAACAAUCAGUUGAUUCAGUGCAUCAUGGACUUCCAGAGUAAAGGAAAAACAGCUGAAUGUUCACACUACCAACAGAUGCUACACAGAAAUCUAGUGUAUCUGGCCACAAUAGCAGACUCCAAUCAGAACAUGCAGUCUCUGCUGCCCGCGCCACCCUCACAGAACAUGGCCAUGAAUCCGAGUGGAGCGACUCCACAGCUCCCCCACGGUCACAGUAUGCCGUCAGACGGGCCGCCCGCAGCACACAUGCAGAGCCAGAUGAACGGACAGAUGCCAGGUCCAAACCACAUGUCCAUGCAGGGCCCCGGGCCCAAUCAGACUCCCAGCAUACCCAGCGGCUCCAUGAACAUGCCACCCAGCAGCCACGGCUCCAUGGGGGCGUAUAACCACACAGUGCCCUCCUCGCAGGGAAUACAGUCACAGGGGCAAAUAAACAUGAGCCAGGGGCAGCCCAUGGGCAGUUACGGCCCUCGGCCCAACAUGACCAUGCAGCCCAAUCAGGGACCUAUGAUGCACCAGCAGGCUUCUUCCCAACAGUACAACAUGCCCCCUUCUGGUGGCAGUGGGCAGCAUUACCAGGGGCAGCAGAACCCCAUGGGCAUGAUGGGUCAAGGCAAUCACGUGAUCGGACAGAGACCCAUGCCCCCCUACAGGCCGCCACAUCAAGGACCUCCUCAGCAAUAUCCUGGUCAAGAGGAAUACUACACGGAGCAAUACAGCCAUGGAGGACAGGCAGCGUCAGAGGGAAAUGCACAGUAUGGUCAGCAGCAAGAGGCGUAUCAGCAGGGUCCACCGCAGCAGCAGGGUUACCCACCGCAGCAGCAGUACACAGGACAGCAGGCUUACCCUGGACAGCAGCAGGCCUAUGCUCCGUCUCAGGGCGCUCCAAGUCAGUACCCGAACUAUCCCCAGAGUCAAGGGCAGCAGUAUUCGGCCUACAGACCGCCACAGCCCGGACCCCCGCAGGGACAGCCGCAGCGCCCCUAUGCUUUUGACCAGGGGCAGUAUGGCAACUACCAGCAGUAGAUGACGAGCAUUUGACUUCCCGCCCUAGCAUUUCUAAUUUGGAGCUGUGUGUGAUCUGAUGAAGGGCUACUGUGCUCUCAAAAUCUCUACGCAUCACCUAUGAAGAGAUGAAUCUUCCCUGCUAAUGUAGACUGAACUCUUCAUUCGGCCACAAGCAUUUGAACAAACCGAUCGGCUCGAUUCUCAGCACAGGUGAUCUAAUCGUGAAACGACUAUAAAACUCACUUGACAAAAAUGAGAAAGCGUACACAUUUUAAGCAUUUCCUGUCAACUCAUACGUGCAUUUUUGAGUUUAACAGAGAAACAAUUUCACAGCAGCAAUGCCUUAAACAGCUGCCUUAUUCACAGCAACUUACGAAAUCAGUGAAAAUACAUAAACACACACAGCAGUGGAACGUGUUUUGUUUUUGUAAUAAAGUUCAUUGUGCGUUGUUGUUGUUGUUGUUUUUUUCUCCUCUCCUGCAAAUGUCAGAGAAGCAAUAACGCUGAGGUGCGAAUGAAGGCUAGUGGAGAGGUGGAAAAUAGUUUUACAUUUCAGGUUCAAAACUAUGCUAUGAUGUAUAAAUGUAUUUUAUGCUUUAUCAAAUAGAGCUCAGAUUGAGCCCAGGUGUUGAACGGUAGCUCAAAGUGUCGUCCCGUGUGCUUAUUGACUGUAUUGAAUAUUUGUUUUCUAUUGUUUUUAAAGGUGGGACAUUCCAUUUUAAAAUGACAUGUAUGUCUUGCUGAAAUUUGAUUAAACUGUUCUGGUACUGUA